GUAAAACAGCAGUAUGUUAAUAAAUACCGACGAGUAUAAGUGCUGGUGAUUUUAUUAAGUGAUAAAAAACAAACAACAAUUAUUAUUAUUUAUAUACUAAAUACUGUAUAUAAUAAUGUCACUAGAGUUAUAUCAUAUAGAAAUAAGCUCCCCAUGUCGCGCUGUACGACUUGUAAUUGAAGCUCUGGGUCUUGAAAUUAAUUAUAAAUUGGUUAAUUUAAUCAACGGUGAUCAUCUUACAGAUGAAUAUCGUCAACUUAACCCUCAACAAACUAUUCCGCUAUUGAUUGAUGAUAAUUAUAAAUUAAGUGAAAGUCGUGCCAUUAUGGCUUAUCUGGUUGAUCAGUACGGGGGUGAAGAAAAUCAACGGUUAUAUCCAACAAACUCAAAAACUCGUGCAUUGAUUAAUGCAAGGCUGCAAUUUGAUGGAGGAGUUUUAUAUCCAUCUGUUAAAAAUUGCUAUUACGGGAUGCUGUUUAGAGGACAAGACGAUAUUGAAGAAGAUAAAGAAAAUAAACUAAAGGAAGCAUUCCAAGUUGUUGAUAAUUUUCUGGAGGGCCAUGAUUAUCUCGCUGGACGAAGCUUAACCAUCGCCGAUUUAGCGAUUAUUGCAACUGUUACAACAGCCGAAACAGUUGGCUUCAACCUCCAUAACUAUAAGAACGUUACCGAGUGGGUGGACCGGGUGAAAACUUGUGCUCCGGGAUACAGAGUUGCUAAUGGUGAAAGCGUUGAGCUUCUAAAAAACUAUAUGCCUCAUCCUACUCCUCUAGAUGACAAUAAUUCCGGCGAUAAUGACAAUAAUGAUUAAUUAAAAUUAAAUAUAAUACUUAUUAUAUAGUAGUAUAAUACUCUUUGUAUAGUUAAUAUAUUAAAUUAAUUAGAAAUCUUAAA